AUGACUUACAAAGAACCUAGCAAUAACCGACCUCUAACGUAUACCGAGAAGAUUUUGGUGGCCCAUAUGGACAACAUAGAGGAGGAACCCUUGCAGCGGGGGAAAACUCUUCUGAAGCUCCGUCCCAGACGAGUGGCUUGCCAGGAUGCAACUGCUCAAAUGGCCAUAAUUCAGUUUAUGUCUGCCGGUCUGAGCUCAACAGCAGCCCCGACAAGCGUUCACUGUGACCAUUUGAUUGUGGGAAAGAAGGGUCACAAUGUCGAUCUGCCUAAUGCCCUGAACGUGCACAAGGAAGUCUUCGACUUUCUGUCAAGUGCUUGUAAACGUUUUAACAUUGGCUUCUGGAAGGCUGGCGCCGGUAUCAUACACCAGAGCAUUCUGGAGAACUAUGCCUUCCCUGGGGGCUUGAUGAUUGGCGCGGAUUCUCAUACCCCUAACGCCGGUGGCCUGGGAAUGAUGGCUAUCGGUGUAGGCGGAGCAGAUGCUGUGGAUGUUAUGGCCGGUCUGCCGUUCGAACUAAAGGCUCCUGGAGUUAUUGGAGUCCGGCUGACGGGACGGCUUUCAGAUUGGACGGCCCCCAAAGGUAAAGCAGACUCCCUCUUAUUCACUGAAUACAAACAUCUAAUGUCUUCGAAGAUGUGAUCAACCAGCUAGUUUCCAUCCUCACAGUGAAAGGUGGAACGGGAAACAUCAUUGAGUUUUUCGGCCCCGGGACCCAGUCUCUGUCAGCGACGGGAAUGUGCACAAUCACAAACAUGGGUGCCGAGACUGGGGCAACUACUUCCAUCUUCCCAUACUCGGAUGCGAUGAACUCAUAUCUCAAGGCUACGCACCGACAUGAAAUUGCGGCCGCUGCGGAUUUCGCCGCAAAUGAGCUCAGAGCAGAUGAGGGAGCCCAGUACGACCAGGUCAUUGAGAUAGACCUAUCAACUCUUGAGCCACAUAUCAACGGGCCUUUCACACCGGACCUCUCGACCCCCAUCUCCAAGUUUGGCGACGUGUCAACGCAAGAAUCUUGGCCUCCAAAGCUGACUGCUGGGUUCAUAGGGUCCUGCACAAACUCGUCAUUCCAGGACAUGACACGGGCCGCAGACUUGGCCAAGCAAGCACUCACAGCUGGUCUCAAGCCCAAAAUGCCUCUUUUCGUCUCUCCGGGCUCUGAGCAGACGAGAGAAACCCUUCGAGCGAGCGGAGCGUUAGCAGUGUUUGAAGAGCUAGGCAGCACGAUUCUCCCAAAUGCAUGCGGGCCUUGCUGUGGAUCAUUUGACCGCGAGGGAAUGGAAAAGGCGAGUAAGACGCUCAUCAGAUCUGUAUCAAAGACUCUAACAAAAACGGUGUGCAGGGUACACGGAACUCAAUCAUCACCACGUAUAACAGAAACUUCACUGGCCGUCUGGACGGCAACCCGGCGACAUACAAUUUCCUCUCCUCGCCUGAGAUGGUCAUGGCCAAGAUUUUCUCAGACAAUCUUGGAUUCAACCCAAUUAAAGACUCAAUCGAGAAAGGUGAUGGCUCGGAGUUUCGCUUCUCACCACCUGAAGGCGAGCCUCUGCCUGCAGGUGGCUAUGCCAACACAGACUAUGUCUUCACCAAACCGCCCUCAAGUUCAAGCGAACGGGACAAUAUUCAAGUUCAAAUACCCGAAUCUUCCGACAGAUUGCAGCGGCUUUCCCCAUUUCCACCAGGACGAAAGGGUGAUAUUGAAAACUGCGUGAUCCUGAUCAAGACAAAGGGUAAAUGCACGACCGACCACAUCACACCUGCCGGACCUUGGUUCCGUUUCCGCGGCCACUUGGAUAACAUCUCAAACAACACACUCAUCGGUGCCGUUAACGCAGAGAAUGAUCAGACUAAUUCGGUCACAAACUGGAUCACUGGCGAAGAGGGUGAUACCCCUGGAACGGCGAGGGCUUAUAAAAACCUCGGCCAGCCGUGGGUUGUCAUCGGAGACUACAACUAUGGAGAGGGAUCCUCGCGUGAGCACGCUGCGCUCCAGCCACGCUUUCUAGGUUGCCUUGCCAUCAUCGCUCGGAGUUUUGCUCGGAUCCAUGAGACGAACCUGAAAAAGCAGGGUGUUUUGGCCCUUACGUUCGCCAACGAGGAAGACUAUGAUCGCAUCCACUCUUCUGAUCGUAUCAGCAUCCUCGGAAUUAGCGAGAUUGCUCCCGGCAAGAGCCUUACUCUGCAGUGCACUCCCACCGUGGGGAACAGGCUCCCAUGGACGGCCAAACUCAAUCACUCCAUGACCUCCGAGCAGGUUGAGUACUUUAAAGCUGGAAGUGCUUUGAACCUCAUGGCAAACAGAAAAAGCGAAUCGGAAGCAGCGACUUCACUACUAUAG